CUCAUCAACCAAAAGAAAAAAUAAAAACAUUUAUUAAUUUCACACUCUUAAAGUAACAUAAAUACACGACACAACUUCCCAUAUCUCUCUAACUAGAAACCAAAAAAAGAAGAAGAAAAAGAUGAAGAAGAGUAUCGAAGCUCCAUUACUCUUGAGCACCAAACAAUCACAAGAAGAAGAUAAAGAAAAAAUAAGAUGGGAGAAGAUGAAGAAGGUUGCUUCAAUGGCUGCUCCAAUGGUCGCUGUAAACAUGUCUCAGUUCCUUCUUCAAGCAACUUCAACAAUGAUCGUUGGUCACCGGAGUGAACUCUCUCUAGCCGGAAUAGCUCUUGGAAGCUCUUUUGCUAAUGUCACUGGCUUUGGUGUUCUUUUUGGACUUUCAGGUUCAUUAGAAACACUAUGUGGUCAAGCAUAUGGAGCAAAACAGUAUCACAAGCUUGGAUCUUACACUUUCACUUCAAUAGUGUUGCUCUUGAUGAUCUCUGUUCCGAUUUCGAUUCUUUGGAUGUUCAUGAACCAGAUCUUGCUUCUACUUCACCAAGAUCCUCAAAUAGCUGAGUUGGCCGGAGUGUAUUGCAUCUGGCUCAUACCGGCUUUAUUCGGUUACUCUAUUCUCGAGUCUUUGGUUAGAUAUUUCCAGUCACAAAGCUUGAUUUAUCCAAUGGUCUUGAGCUCUUUAGCUGCUCUGUCUUUCCAUGUUCCUCUCUGUUGGUCAAUGGUUCAUGUAUUCGACUUUGGAGCCAAAGGAGCGGCUGCGUCUAUCGGUAUCUCUUACUGGCUAAACGCUGUUUUCCUUUGGGUUUAUAUGAAACGCUCUAGCCGUUGUGCUGAAACGCGGAUUUUUAUGUCCAAGGAUGUGUUUGUUCAUACAAAUAUCUUCUUUCAAUUUGCGAUUCCUUCUGCAAUGAUGUGUUGCCUUGAGUGGUUUGCUUUCGAGGUAGUUACUUUGCUGUCUGGUCUUCUACCCAACUCAAAGCUCGAGACUUCGGUUAUUUCGAUUUGCCUUACGACGUCUUCAUUGCACUACAAUUUGGUAAAUGGAAUUGGUGAUGCAGCAAGUACCAAUGUGGCGAAUGAGCUAGGAGCUGGGAAUCCACGAGGGGCUCGUGAUUCUGCUGCAGCUGCGAUCGUAAUUGCAGCUGUUGAGUCAGUUGUUGUGAGCUCUAGUCUCUUCAUGUCUCGCAGUGUGUGGCCUUAUGCAUAUAGCAAUGUGGAUGAAGUAAUUAGUUAUGUGACUGAUAUCACUCCCAUUCUUUGUAUCUCAAUCCUCAUGGACAGCUUCUUGACCGUCCUUUCCGGGAUUGUGAGAGGAACAGGGUGGCAAAAAAUUGGGGCUUAUGUGAACAUAACCUCUUAUUAUGUUAUUGGUAUUCCCGUUGGACUUCUUUUAUGUUUCCAUCUUCACUUCAAUGGGAAAGGACUUUGGGCUGGUUUAGUCACAGGAUCAACAUUACAAACUCUAAUCCUGUUUCUUGUUAUUGGUUUCACCAAUUGGAGCAAAGAGGCAAUCAAGGCUAGGGAGAGAAUAGGUGACGAGAAAGAUUUGAGACAUGACUCACUCCUUAAUUGAAAGAGAUACAAACGAUGUGAUUUUGAUUGCCUUUUUUUGUGUGAGUUUGUUUAAUAAUCUUCAACGGGUUUUGGAUUUGUUUAAAAAAAUGUAUGGAACUUAAUGAGGCAUGAUUGUAAUUUAGUUUUUUUUUUAUUUUGAGAGAAAAAUUAUACACAUUCAUAAGAUAUCUAGCUAAUGAGAUUUGGUCUAUACUGUAAUAGAUAAAUUAAUUAAGGAGAGUAGUAAUCAGAGCUUA